GUUCCUCCACCAUCCCCACCCUCGGUCCCUCAAUCCCCAUCCCCGGUCCCUCAAUCCCCAUUCUUGGUUCCUCCUCCAUCCCCAUCUUUGGUUCCUCCACCAUCCCCACCCUUGGUCCCUCCAUCCCUAUCCCUGGUCCCUCCAUCCCCAUCCUUGGUUGCUCCAUCUCCAUCCCUGGUCCCUCCAUCCCCAUCCUUGGUUCCUCGAUCCCCAUCCCUGGUUCCUCCACCAGCCCCAUCCCUGGUCCCUCAAUCCCCAUUCUUGGUUCCUCCUCCAUCCCCAUCUUUGGUUCCUCCACCAUUCCCACCCUCAGUCCCUCAAUCCCGAUCCCUGAUUCCUCCACCAUCCCCACCCUUGGUCCCUCAAUCCCCAUCCCUCGUUCCUCCAUCAUCCCUAUCCUUUGUCCCUCAAUCCCCAUCCUUGGUUCCUCGAUCCCCACCCCUAGUUCCUCCACUAUCCCUAUCCUUUGUCCCUCAAUCCCCAUCCUUGGUUGCUCCAACUCCAUCCCUGGUCCCUCCAUCCCCAUCCUUGGUUCCUCGAUCCUCACCCCUGGUUCCUCCACCAUCCCCACCCUUGGUCCCUCAAUCCCCAUCCCUGGUUCCUCCAUCAUCCCCAUCCUUGGUUGCUCCAUCUCCAUCCCUGGUCCCUCCAUCCCCAUCCUCGGCUCCUCCACCAUCCCCAUCCUUGGUUCCUCAAUCCCCAUCCCUGGUUCCUCCAUCAGCCCCAUUCCUGGUCCCUCAAUCCCCAUCCUUGGUUGCUCCAUCUCCAUCCCUGGUCCCUCCAUCCCCAUCCUUGUUCCUCCACCAGCCUCAUCCCUGUCCCUUGAUCCCCAUCCCUGGUUCCUCCAUCAUCCCCAUCCUUGGUCCCUCGAUCCCCACCCCUAGUUCCUCCACCAGCCCCACCCUCGGUCCCUCAAUCCCCAUUCUUGGUUCCUCCUCCAUCCCCAUCUUUGGUUCCUCCACCAUUCCCACCCUCAGUCCCUCAAUCCCGAUCCCUGAUUCCUCCACCAUCCCCACCCUUGGUCCCUCAAUCCCCAUCCCUCGUUCCUCCAUCAUCCCUAUCCUUUGUCCCUCAAUCCCCAUCCUUGGUUCCUCGAUCCCCACCCCUAGUUCCUCCACUAUCCCUAUCCUUUGUCCCUCAAUCCCCAUCCUUGGUUGCUCCAACUCCAUCCCUGGUCCCUCCAUCCCCAUCCUUGGUUCCUCGAUCCUCACCCCUGGUUCCUCCACCAUCCCCACCCUUGGUCCCUCAAUCCCCAUCCCUGGUUCCUCCAUCAUCCCCAUCCUUGGUUGCUCCAUCUCCAUCCCUGGUCCCUCCAUCCCCAUCCUCGGCUCCUCCACCAUCCCCAUCCUUGGUUCCUCAAUCCCCAUCCCUGGUUCCUCCAUCAGCCCCAUUCCUGGUCCCUCAAUCCCCAUCCUUGGUUGCUCCAUCUCCAUCCCUGGUCCCUCCAUCCCCAUCCUUGGUCCCUCAAUCCCCAUCCCUGGUUCCUCCAUUAUCCCCAUCCUUGGUCCCUCAAUCCCCAUCCCUGGUUCCUCCAUCAUCCCCAUCCUUGGUCCCUUGAUCCCCACCCCUAGUUCCUCCACCAGCCCCAUCUCUGGUCCCUCAAUCCCCAUCCUUGGUUGCUCCAUCUCCAUCCCUGGUCCCUCCAUCCCCAUCCUUGGUUCCUUGAUCCUCACCCCUGGUUCCUCCACCAUCCCUAUCCUUUGUCCCUCAAUCCCCAUCCCUGGUUCCUCCAUCAUCCCCACCCUUGGUCCCUCAAUCCCCAUCCCUCGUUCCUCCAUCAUCCCUAUCCUUUGUCCCUCAAUCCCCAUCCUUGGUCCCUUGAUCCCCACCCCUAGUUCCUCCACCAGCCCCAUCCCUGGUCCCUCAAUCCCCAUCCUUGGUUGCUCCAUCUCCAUCCCUGGUCCCUCAAUCCCCAUCCUUGGUCCCUCAAUCCCCAUCCCUGAUUCCUCCACCAUCCCCAUCUUUGGUUCCUCCACCAUCCCCACCCUUGGUCCCUCAAUCCCCAUCCCUCGUUGCUCCAUCAUCCCCAUCCUUGGUCCCUCAAUCCCCAUCCUUGGUUGCUCCAUCUCCAUCCCUGGUCCCUCCAUCCCCAUCCUCAGUUCCUCCACCAUCCCCAUCCUUGGUUCCUCGAUCCCCACCCCUAGUUCCUCCACCAGCCCCAUCCCUGGCCCCUCAAUCCCCAUCCUUGGUUGCUCCAUCUCCAUCCCUGGUCCCUCAAUCCCCAUCCUUGGUUGCUCCAUCUUCAUCCUUGGUCCCUCCAUCCCCAUCCUUGGUUCCUCGAUCCCCAUCCCUGGUUCCUCCACCAUCCCCAUCCUUGGUUCCUCGAUCCCCAUCCCUGGUUCCUCCAUCAUCCCCAUCCUUGGUCCCUCAAUCCCCAUCCUUGGUCCCUUGAUCCCCAUCCCUGGUUCCUCCAUCAUCCCUAUCCUUUGUCCUUCAGUCCCCACCCUUGGUCCCUCGAUCCCCAUCCCUGGUUCCUCCACCAGCCCCAUCCUUGGUCCCUCAAUCCCCAUCCUUGGUUCCUCCUCCAUCCCCAUCUUUGGUUCCUCCACCAUUCCCACCCUCAGUCCCUCAAUCCCGAUCCCUGAUUCCUCCACCAUCCCCACCCUUGGUCCCUCAAUCCCCAUCCCUCGUUCCUCCAUCAUCCCUAUCCUUUGUCCCUCAAUCCCCAUCCUUGGUUCCUCGAUCCCCACCCCUAGUUCCUCCACUAUCCCUAUCCUUUGUCCCUCAAUCCCCAUCCUUGGUUGCUCCAACUCCAUCCCUGGUCCCUCCACGAGCCCCCCCGGGGACGCGGAGGAGGAGGAGGAGGAGGAGGAGGAGGGGCAAGGGGGGGCUGAGACCCACGGCGGGGUCAAGGGGUGUGGGUCGGCCGUGGGUCUGGGGACAGUUGAGGGUCUGGGGACAAGGGUGGGCGUGGGGACAGUUGAGACGCGGGGGGUGGUCAAGGGCGUGGGGGCAGCUGAGGGACAGCAGGGGGGUGAGACCCAUAGGGCGGUCAAGGGCCAUGGGUUGGCCGCCAGCGUGGGGACAGUUGAGGGUGUGGGGGCAACCAAAGGUGUGGGGACAGUUGAGACACGGGGAGCGGUCAAGUGCGCGGGGACAGUUGAGGGACAAGGGACAGCUGAGGGACAGCAGGUGGCCGAGACCCAUAGGAUGGUCAAGGGCCAUGGGUUGGCCACCAGCCCAGGGACAGCAGAGGGUCUGGGGACAAGCAAGGACCUGGGGGCGGUCAAGACGCGGGGGUCAGUCAAGGGUGUGGGGACAGCGGAGGGACAGGGGGUGGCCGAGGGCUGUAGGACGGCUGAGGGCCACAGGUUGACCAUCAGCCCGGGGGCGGUGGAGGGACAGGGGACAACCAAGGACCUGGGGACAGUGGAGACACGGGGGACACUCAAGGGCCUUGGGAUGGUCAAGGGAUGGGGCUUAACCAAGGGGGUGGGGACAGCCGAGGGACAGGGGACGGCCGAGGGCUGUAGGACGGUCAAGGGCCAUGGGUUGGCCACCAGCCUGGGGACAGCUGAGGGUCUGGGGACAACCAAGGAGCUGGAGACAGUUGAGGGACGGGGGACAGCCAAGGGCUUGGGGACACUUGAGGGACAAGGGACGGUUGAGGGGUGUAGGACAGUCAAGGGCCAUGGGUUGGCCACCAGCGCCGGGCCAGCUGAGGGCCAGGGGACCACCAAGGACAUGGGGACAGUUGAGACAUGGGGGACAGCCAAGGGCACGGUGGGGACAGUUGAGGGACGGGGGGCAGCUGAAGGCUGUAGGGCAGUCGAGACCCAUAGGACCACCAAGGACCAUGGGGUGGCCACCAGCCCAGGGACAGCUGAGGCCCAGGGGACAACCAAGGACCUGGGGACAGUUGAGGGCCAGGGGACAGCUGAGGGACAGCAGGUGGCCGAGACCCAUAGGACGGUCAAGGGCCACGGGUUGGCCACCAGCCCAGGGACAGUCGAGGCCCAGGGGGCAACCAAGGACUUGGGGACAGCGGAGGGCCAGGGGACGGUCAAGGGGAUGGUCAAGAGCUGGAAGAUGGUUGAGGGACGAGGGACACCGGGGGGACAGGGGGGGACAGUAGAUGGCCAUGAUGGCACCACGACAGCCGAGGGUUCAACCAAGGGCUCUGGGCCCACCACGGCGGCCAUGACACCCACGGCGACCCCAACGGUGGUGACACCCGUGGCCACCACGCCACCCACCACGCCGGUGGCGGCCACCACACCCCCGGCGGCCAUGACACCCCCUCAGGGGCGUGCCGAGGGCGGACCUGUUCCCUGUCCUCGUCUCCUGUCCCUUGUUGGACCCCUUGUCCCCAUCCCUGUCCCCUCCUGGACCUUCGGUGGCCAUGAGAGGGGCACCCCGCCGCGAGCCCGGACCCCCCCCGGCCCACCCGGCCCUCCAACGCCGCAGCGGCAACACCAUCACCGGGACGGAGGAGAGGGGGCAGGCGAGGGGGAGGAGGUGGCUCCAAAAUGGCCGAGGGAGGCCAGAGGGAGGAUGGAGCGAUGGCCGGGGGACAGGGGACGGCCAGGAGGGGACGAGGGGGUGGCGGCCAUCGGCCUCAGGCCUGAGCAGGAGACGAGAGGCCAAAGCCUGAGACCUGCUCCCGUUGCCAUGGCAACGAAGCCUGAGGCCUGCUCCUGA